AUCACAAUACGUUCAAAGGAACAAAAUAACAUGGAAGCAUCAAAUGGAAGAAGGAAACUCGCAUUUUUUGCUGUCAAUAUAAUCGUUUGUUGUAUGCUGUUUUUAUUAAUUGGAAAUUGCAUUAAAACAGGUCCAUAUUGGGGGGAAAAUGUGGAUCACCGUUUAAUGAAUCCUAGACUAACGAGCACACCACGGAGUUGCAAUGAGAGAAAUGAGCAAAAGUUUGUCCUGAUAUUCUCCUACGAAAGAAGUGGAUCUUCCUUUUUAGGAUGGGCAAUAGAUCAACAUCCUGCUGUGUUUUACGUUUAUGAACCGUUAAACCAACAAUCUGGACCAAACAGGUCGAUGACCUUCCCACGGAAUACAAAGAUCGAUGACAAAAUACUAGAUCUAGAGGCUGAGGUUUACAAACAAAUUCAACUCUGUAAUUUGGAUAAUCUCCCGAGAGAAUGUGAUAUCAUGAGACAUACACUCCUGCACCACGCGAGAAAUUUGAUCUAUAUGGAAAAAUUCUCAAAAUGCAUAGAGAGUGAAAAGAAGAAUCCUUUUGGUAUAAGAAAACUAGAUUACUGUACCCAAGGCAUGCUUGGAUUGUGCAAAUCAAGACAGGUGGUGCUAGCAAAAGAGGUGCGGGGGACAAUGGAGGGACUCUCUCGCUAUCUUAACACGCUCAAGUGUUCAAACAAUGUGAAGGUCAUCCACCUUUUAAGAGAUCCGAGGGGAGAGAUAAAUAGUCGUGAAAAUGCAAAAUGGACACACUUUGCAAAGUAUAGACAAAGUAAAAAAUACGACUUCAUAAGCGCUAUGUGUCAGCGUAUGCAAAAAGAUAUAAGCAUUAGACAUGAACUAGAAAAGAAGUACCCAAAUAUGUUCGUGCAGGUUCGAUAUGAAGACUUUGUCGGGGAUGUGAAUACGACAAUUGGGGCAUUGUUAAAGUUUAUAGACUUGCCGUUCUUUCCAUACCAUCAAAAUACACUCAAAUUAAAGUCGGAAAAUUCAUCAGACUAUGUAAAUAAAUGGAAGAGCACUCUUGAUAGGAGUUUACAGGAGAAGAUUGAUGAACAAUGUGUGGGAGUAUACAAUUUAUUGGGUUAUCAAAAAAUUAUAAGAACAGAGAAGACAUAUACCUGACAAAUUGAUGAAACUACAUAACGUGCGCUUUGAAAUGAAGACACUUUUUGUUAAAGGUGCAACAAUUAGUGCA